ACCGCUAAACCCUGCAACUCCUUUCUUCUUUUCUUCGCCUUCGCCGGCUCAUCUUCUGCUCAGCGGCAGCCGCUGUCGCUGCUUCUCCGGCGGUGGCUCCUGACCCCGGAGGAUCCGAGGACAAGAUGAGCUUCUUCGCCCGCGGCAGCAGGAACCAGAGGACCUUCAGGCCCAAGAAGAGCGCGCCGUCAGGGAACAAGGGCAUGCAGCUGAAAAGGCACAUCGACGCCACUCUCGGCAGCGGCAACCUCCGCGAGGCGGUCCGUCUGCCCAUCGGGGAGGACCUCAACGAGUGGCUGGCCGUCAACACUGUUGACUUCUUCAACCAAGUAAACAUUCUGUACGGCACCCUGAUGGAGUUUUGCACGCCAGCUACCUGCCCGACUAUGUCAGCCGGACCAAAGUAUGAGUAUAGGUGGGCUGAUGGAGUCAAGAUCAAGAGGCCUAUCGAGGUGUCUGCGCCAAAAUACGUGGAGUACCUGAUGGAUUGGAUAGAAGCCCAACUCGACGAUGAAAAUAUAUUUCCUCAGAAGCUUGGGACUCCUUUUCCUCCUAACUUCCGUGACGUCGUCAAGACGAUCUUCAAGCGCCUCUUCAGGGUGUAUGCGCACAUAUACCUUUCGCACUUUCAGAUUAUUAUGAAGCUCCAGGAAGAGGCGCAUCUCAAUACUUGCUUCAAGCACUUCACGCUCUUCACAUUGGAAUUCCGGCUGAUCGACAGAGUAGAGCUGGCUCCUCUCAGCGAGUUGAUUGACCCCAUAAUACUUGGGUGCUAAACCAGAGAGAAGUUUGAUGAGGCCAAGUGUGGAUAGAUUUUUUUUUCCUUUUUCUUUUCUGUCUCUCCUGUUUAUUUUGAUCAUUCCGGAUGGAACAACUCCAUUUACAUUUUGGAAGCAUAGGCUAGCAGUUUGCAAGUCAGAUGUGUUUCGUAGUUGCUGCUGCUAACUGCAGUGGGUCUUGGUGGAUCGUGUAUAUAGUUUCAGACGACCUGCCUGAUUCUGACCGUUGUUGGGCUAACGGUUUGGGCCUGAAUUUAGCCCAAUUUUGGAUGAGCGAAGCUGCCUGGCGCUAGUGGCAACACCCUGCGAGCGUCAAAGAACUAGCAGUCGGUUUUAGCUGAUAAAAACUUGAGUGUUGUUGCUAAGAACUAUGAUGAUUUGAUCAAGGACCUACUACGGCCUGCUACACCCACCGGUCAUGAAAAAUGUGAUGAUUUUGGACGAUGAUAUAAGCACCA